AUGUCUGACCCACAAUUACCGGUUCCCGCCGCCCAACCGUCAGCCCCACCCCUUCAGCCAGUUCAACCGGUUCAAUCGUUCCAGCAGCCGGUUCAGCAGUUCCAGCAAGUCCAACAGGUUCAGCAGGUUCAACAGCACCAACAGGUUCAGCAGUUCCAGCAGUUCCAGCCGGUACAGCAGUGCCAGCAGCAAGUGAACUACGCCCAGCCGCUCGCCCUGCAGCCGAACUUGCUGCAGACUACGAACUGCAACUGUGCCCAUGGUGGUCAGCAACAGAUGGUGAUGCAGAUGUCCCCGAUCUCCAACCCCAUUCCGCAACAGUACGCCCUCGUCCCGAUGGGGAGCAUGACUACCCGCGACUCGCGUGAACGCCUCGGCGACGUCGCGUUCAUCUACGGCGACUCCAAACACACCCUCGACCUGGCGGACGUCCUCGCCCACAGCCAAAAGCUGCAAAAGUUGAUCGGUGCCGAACCCGACGCCCUCGAGCAGCUCGUCGCCGAGCAGCCGCUCGUCUGCGACAAGUCGCUGCGCAUGGUCUUUGACUUCAUCGCCGGCCGCGAGAUCUUCAUCGUGCAUGAGAUGCUCGACAAAGUGCUCGCCACCGCCCAUGUGCUCGGCGUCGCCGAGCUGUGCAUUGAGAUGGAGAAGCAGAUCGAGCUGAUGGCGCACGGCCCCGAGACGGCCAUGAUCGCGCUCGAGAUGGCCGGCCAUGCUAAUGUCCAGGAUGACGUGGCUUACCGCAUCUUCAAGGUCAUCUCCCACCUCGUCGACCGUCUCGAGAUUGAGCGCCUCUCCUUGGCCGAACUGCGCGACGUCGCUGAACUGCUCCCCAUCGCCAACAUCCCCCUCCGGCAGCUGGAUGACUUUGCUCAGCGGCUGAGGGAGACGGUCGAGUUCUACUUCAGAGCCACCGGCCAGGCCCUCGAGAUGCCCGACCGGUUCGGCGUGACCAGCGGCUUCGAGCAGGACACCGGGUCGAUGAACAGCUACUGGCAGCCGAAUCCCAAUCGCCUGCCCGGCGGCCAAUCCCCCGAAAAGGCCAAGCCGACCAGCUCGAUGUCCCCGGUCAAUUUCAUGUUGUCCUCCCCGAACACGUCGGUCAUCCUGCCCUGCCGUUCUUCUUCUGAGGGGCCCAAGUCGGAGCCGUUCGAGCUCGACGUCGGCGAGUUGCCGCCGAGCCGCACCGGGCUUUGGGAGUUUGAGUUCCUCUUCGACGGCAAGGACCUCGGGCAGAACAAGCCGGUGAACGUCGACCUGGACGUGCAGCUGGAGAAGCCGCAGCAGCCC